GCUGCUGUGCGCCUAUGGCUUCCUGGCCAGCCUCAGGCCAUCGGAGCCCUUCCUGACGCCCUUCUUGCUGGGGCCCGACAAGAACCUGACCGAGCGCGAGGUCUUCAAUGAAAUUUACCCGGUUUGGACCUACUCUUACCUGGUGCUGCUGUUUCCUGUGUUCCUUGCCACAGACUACCUCCGUUACAAACCCGUUGUGCUGCUGCAAGGAUUCAGCCUCAUCGUUACAUGGUUCAUGCUGCUCUAUGCCCAGGGGCUUCUGGCCAUCCAGUUCUUGGAAUUCUUCUAUGGCAUUGCCACAGCCACUGAAAUUGCCUAUUACUCUUACAUCUACAGCGUGGUUGACCUGGGCAUGUACCAGAAGGUCACAAGUUACUGUCGAAGUGCUACCUUGGUGGGCUUCACAGUGGGCUCUGUACUGGGGCAGAUCCUCGUCUCAGUGGCAGACUGGUCCCUGUUCAGCCUGAAUGUCAUCUCCCUCACCUGUGUAUCUGUGGCUUUUGCUGUUGCCUGGUUUUUGCCUAUGCCUCAGAAGAGCCUCUUCUUUCACCAUGUUUCUUCUGCCUGUCAGGGAGUAAAUGGCAUCAAGGUACAGAAUGGUGGCAUUGCAACUGACAUCCCAGCCUCUAACCACCUUCCUGGGUGGGAAGACAUUGAGUCAAAAAUCCCUCUAAAUGUGGAGGAGCCUCCUGUGGAGGAACCGGAGCCCAAGCCAGACCGCCUCCUCGUGUUGAAGGUACUCUGGGAUGACUUCUUGAUGUGCUACUCCUCUCGUCCUCUGCUCUGCUGGUCUGUGUGGUGGGCCCUCUCCACUUGUGGCUAUUUUCAAGUCGUGAACUACGCACAGGGCCUGUGGGAGAAGGUGAUGCCUUCUCGCCAUGCUGCUAUCUAUAACGGUGGUGUGGAGGCGGUUUCUACCUUACUGGGUGCUGUUGCUGUGUUUGCAGUUGGUUUUAUAAAAAUAUCCUGGUCAACUUGGGGAGAAAUGGCGCUGUCUGUGUUUUCUCUCCUGAUUGCUGCCGCAGUGUACAUCAUGGACACUGUGGGUAACAUUUGGGUGUGCUACGCAUCCUAUGUUGUCUUCAGAAUCAUCUAUAUGUUACUCAUCACGAUAGCAACUUUUCAGAUUGCCACAAACCUCAGUAUGGAGCGCUAUGCCCUAGUGUUUGGGGUGAACACAUUCAUUGCCCUAGCACUGCAGACUCUGCUCACGCUGAUUGUGGUAGAUGCCAGUGGCCUUGGCUUAGAAAUUACCACGCAAUUUCUGAUCUACGCUGGUUAUUUUGCACUCAUCGCUGUGGUUUUCCUGGCUAAUGGUGUAGUCAGUAUUAUGAAGAAAUGCAAAAAGCAAGAAGAUCCUGAAGCGAGUUUUCGUGUAACCACUUCAUAAUACAUGGCUGACAGGUUGCUGCUUAUAGCAAGAAUUCUGCACAGCAAGUGUGUGGAUGUAUUUCAUUUUUUAAGGUGUAGACAUAUAUUUCUGAAUGUUAUUUCAUGGCUUCAAAGCAGCCACUGAAGAAACACUUUGUGUUCCCAGAGUGACACAGUACUGUUGAGAGGAGCCAAAUUUCAUGGAUUAUUUAUGAGAGUUCAUUUAAAGGCGAUUUUGUUCUGAUUCGAAAGUGAAUUUGAUUUUGAAAGCCAGGUGAUCAAGAGCAACCCAGCAACACAUCGUGUGCUAUGCCUGAUUAUCAAGUUCCUGUACCCUCUUAGCCCAGCACUCGGCCUGGUGGGACGAGGGCUUCACAGAGGCCACAGGAUGUUACAAGUCAGGAUGGAAAUGUGCUCUAAUGGCACCCAGCUCUCAGCCCGACUUCCGUGUUACCCAUGUGCACUGGUGUUUCUACAGAUGAAGACUGUGAUUGUCACUGGACCGUUGGCAAUAUUUGCUCUGGUUUGGUGGUCUAUGCUGUAAGGAACAUGUAUAAUGUGUCAUUUUAAAUUAUUUUUAAAAUUCAUCGUAUGAAUGUUUUUGUUUCCCAUCUUGGUAGGUUUAAAGUUAUAUAGACUUGCUUUACUCAUGCUUCCUAGAGAAGCUCAUUUAGUUAGAAAAGAAGGCAAAUUUUGAAGCCUGCUUAUAAUUGAAAUGAAGAGACCUAAGCAGAAAACUUAAGAUGUGUUUCCUGUCUUUAAUUCUUUAGUAUGAAGGACUGUUAAUUCCGUGAUGGAAAAUUCCUGUAUGGGCUAAAAUCAGCCCAUUUUCUGUCUGCAUUCCCUUUUAUUUCCAAAGUUUAAAUGAAAGACUUUCUUUUUUUAAUAACUUCAUCUCUAUUUAUAGCUUUUACAUUAUUUCCUCUUUCAUAUCCAAGAUAAAGAUGUCACUAGGAUUGGAUUAUUCCAAGGCCUUUUUCAUAAACUGAGCCGUUUUUUGUUUUUUGGGUUUUUUUUUACCCCAUUGGAACAGGAUAGAUUUAAUUCUUGUAUGUUGUACCAUAAAUCUGCCUUUGUGUUGUAGAGUAGUCCAUCUUGAGUAUUUCUUUAAAGUAAAAGUUGCUAAUAAUUCCAUUUCCAGGUUACUUGAAAACAAUGUUCCUUCUGUAUGCACUUAAUUCUGACAUGAGUCUACCAAGGGCUGCUUGUGUAUGUCACGUGAGACGUGAAAACUAUUUUAGAGCCAACUUUGUUGCCUUAUCUUGAAAAGAAUCUUGGUAGGUGCUUUUAACUGGGGUGUUAACUUUUUUAAAAUGACACAAUUAAACAGUGUUAAGAUUGAAAAACUCUUACUGAUUGAAAAGCAUAUUCAGUUUAAGCAGGAAUUGAAGCAGAUGGGUGAGGAUAUGAGUAGGUCAUUUUCCAUUCACUUUCACAGUUAGG